AUGUCCACCAAUACAAAGACGAAUGGUGUCGCCGUCAUAUGUGCCGGCCUAAGAGGCACCGCGGUUGCCUUAGCCUUGCAUAGCCAAUCCAUUCCAUGUCGAACCCUCGAGGCAAAGACCGCCGACUCGGAUAUCCUUUCAAGCGGCGUGAGCAUCACACCUAACGGGUGCCGAAUCCUCGAUGAGCUAGGAAUUCUGAGUCGCGUGGAAGACAAGAGCUAUAUCUGCGAGUACACCGCUAAUAAAGACGCAGAUGACAAGACUCUGAGGAAGAUGAGGAUUGCUUCGGAUACUUACCCAUGCUACCGUCUCUAUCGACUCGCCCUACUCAAGGAAAUGAAGGCCACCCUGGCUGAGAGGAAAGUACCCAUUUUCUAUGGUAUGAAACUCGAGAAUAUCAUCAGCGAUACGACUGAGGGGGUUAUUUUCCAGGUUUGUGACAGGACAGAAAGCGCUACAAUGGUAAUCGGGUCUGAUGGUAUUUAUUCAACCUUGAGACGUCACAUCACGGAUCUUGUUCCUGUUCACGCUAAUCUGUUAUGUGUAUAUGGACAUAUUUCAACGGAGUCAGUUCAAUGGCCAGAUCAGGACUUUGCAGCUGGUUGUACGAGCUUGGGAAAGCCUGGCUGUCUUUCCAUGGUUCCUGAAGUGAUAGAUGGAUCAGACCUCAUGGUUGGAACGCAAUUUACGUAUCCAGAAGCCGAUAGAAAAGGCUGGGAGAGCCUCGCCUCCGACCCAUCAUCUCUAGUCACUUUAUUACGGAAGGAUUAUGGUCAAUGGCAUGAUGCAGCGAAACAUGCGAUUGAUGAAUUAUGCAAGCGCCCAGAAGGCACCUUAUGCUGGCCAUUCUAUGCCAUGCCUAAGCUAUCUAGCUGGUCAUCAUCUCCUGGCAAUGACAUCAUGAUUGGAGACGCUGCGCACGCCAUGCCGGCCUCAUCUGGUCAAGGAGUGAACCAGGCUUCGGAGGAUGCCUUUUCAUUCACUAAGGUCCUUUCCGAACAAUUGAAUGAUGAGGCUUGGCCUUCGGUGCUGAGUACGUGGCAGUCGUGGCGGCAGGAUAAGAUCGAGAGGAUCCAUGAGAUGAUGGGGGUGACUAAUAUGAUGAGGUUGUUUGAAGUUGAAAGAUCGAAAUUGAUGCAGGCGGCUGGCGAGGAGCAAUCUACGAAGACUGAUUUGCAGUGGCUGUCUUAUCUGUAUCUUGAGACCCUAGAAGCCAAGCUGGCUGAGCAGAGAAAGAUUUAG